GUUUGUUCCAUUCUAGACAGUUCCAACUCGAUCAAAAUGGCAGCCAACAUCUCGAUUCAGCCUGGCAACCUCAAGGAUGUGACCAAGAUGGAGCGCAUCGGCGCCCACUCGCACAUCCACGGUCUGGGACUCGACGCCAACCUCGAGCCUCGGGCAGCGUCGCAGGGCAUGAUUGGGCAGGGCAAGGCGCGCAAGGCGGCCGGCGUUAUCCUCAAGAUGGUUCAGGAGGGUCGCAUUUCCGGCCGCGCCAUUCUGAUCGCUGGCCCUCCAAGCACGGGCAAGACGGCCAUCGCCAUGGGCAUGGCGCAGACUCUCGGCUCGGAUGUCCCCUUUGUCAACCUCACCGCGUCGGAGGUCUUCUCCCUUGAGAUGUCCAAGACGGAGGCGCUGACCCAGGCGUUCCGCCGCGCGAUCGGCGUGCGCAUCAAGGAGGAGACGGAGCUCAUCGAGGGCGAGGUUGUCGAGAUCCAGGUCGACAGGAGUGUGACUGGCGCCACCAAGACUGGCCGCCUGACGCUCAAGACGACCGACAUGGAGACGGUGUACGACCUCGGCUCGAAGAUGAUCGACCAGCUGCAGAAGGAGAAGGUGUUGGCAGGCGACGUCAUUAGCAUCGACAAGGCAAGCGGAAGGAUAUCCAAGCUUGGCCGGAGCUUUGGACGCGCAAAGGACUAUGAUGCGAUGGGCGCGGACACCCGCUUCGUGGCGUGCCCCGACGGCGAGCUGCAGACGCGCAAGGAGGUGGUGCACACCGUGUCGCUGCACGAGAUUGAUGUUAUCAACUCGCGGACACAGGGCUUCCUGGCGCUGUUCGCGGGCGACACGGGCGAGAUCAAGCCCGAGCUGCGCGACCAGAUCAACGCCAAGGUCGGCGAGUGGCGCGAGGAGGGCAAGGCCGAGAUUGUGCCCGGUGUGCUCUUCAUCGACGAGGUGCACAUGCUCGACAUUGAGUGCUUCUCGUUCCUCAACCGCGCGCUCGAGGGCGAGCUUGCCCCGCUCGUUGUCGUCGCCUCGAACCGCGGAAUCACGAGGAUACGCGGAACCAACUUCAAGUCGCCCCACGGCAUCCCCGCCGACCUGCUCGACCGCAUGCUCAUCAUCUCCACGACCAAGUACUCUGAAGACGAGAUCAAGGAGAUUGUCAAGAUCCGUGCCGACGAGGAGGACGCCAAGGUGUCCCCCGACGCGCUGGAGCUUCUCGCCACGAUGGGCGGCCAGACGUCCCUCCGGUACGCGCUCAACCUGAUCGCGCCGAGCCAGCUUAUCGCUGCCCGCCGCAAGUCAACUCAGAUUGACAACGACGACAUUCGACUGGCGUACAAGUACUUCCUUGAUGUUGACCGGAGCGCAGCCUACGCAAAGGAGACGAGCGGCAUGAUGUUUGGCGAGACUGAGGUGUCUGAAAACGGCAACGCUAUGGACACCUCGGCGUGAUUGAAUGCACAUUGGAUGAAGUUACGC